AUGCUCAGCUACUCAGCUCUGAAAUGUGAAUGAAUAUCCAUGUUUGUGGGGAUAUUUAGUGUAGACAAGUGUUUUUUUAUUCCCAGAAAGUAAAUGGCAUAUAAUAUUCAUUAAAAAUUGCUGUCACCCCUAUAAUAGGAGUCGUAUUUCACAAGAAUAGACGCGAGACCUUUUUUAAAUACACAAUUUGAUUAUAUUUUUUCCGAAAUGGAGAGAAAAAGAUUCAAGAUAGAACCUGAUUUGUUAUCAUCUGAAGAAGACGAGGAUUUGAAUGAAAAUUAUGCAGAACAAUAUGUGAAACAAGAGAUGAAAAUAUAUGCUAAUUGUAUGCAGAAUGCAGAAAGUGAAAUAGGUGAAUCAGGGCUUACUAUAGAUGACAUAGCUGAUGAUUUAGCUACAACAGAUAUAAGAUCAGAAGUUUAUCGUCUAGCACGAAUGCCAGAAGUAUACAGGAAAUACAAUUUUGAUGUGCCUGUCACUAAAAAACCCCUUACUAUAAAUGCGUACAAAGAAAAGAUUCUCAAUGUAAUCAAAACAAAUACUGUUGUUAUUAUCGAUGGACCGACAGGAUGUGGUAAAACCACUCAAGUACCUCAGUAUAUAUUAGAUGAUUGCAGAUUAUCAGACAAAGAAUGUAAUAUUGUUGUUACACAACCCAGAAAAAUAGCUACCAUAAAUGUUGCCAAACGUGUUUGCUCCGAAAGAGGGUGGGCUAUGGGCACUGUGUGCGGAUAUCAAGUCGGUCUACAAAAAGAGCUAGGUCAAGAUGUUAUAUUGUCAUAUAUGACAACUGGAGUUUUACUGCAAAAAUUAAUUGCAGCCAAGUCAUUAAAUCAAUAUACCCAUAUAAUCAUAGAUGAAGUCCACGAAAGAAAUCAAGAUUUAGAUUUUUUAUUAUUAGUAGUCAGAAAACUAUUGUUCACCAAGUCCUUCCAUACAAAGGUCAUACUCAUGUCCGCAACUAUUGAUGCGGACGAAUUUGCCUACUACUUCAGAACUCAGUACAGAGGUUCGGACAUGCCCGCUCCCAUAAUACCUAUAAGGGAAAAAAAUGCUUAUGGUUUGACUAUUUAUUAUUUGGAUCAUUUACCACAAGUACAUUCGCCUCCCGUUUUCGAUGAAUACAAACCUGAGAUUAGUCGGGAAAUUUUGAAUACAUUUAUGUUCCUGAUGACUGCUAUGGACAAGCUUGAUGAACAAAAGGAACUAGAAACAAAUGAGAAAGAAUUUGGCAGCGUUUUGGUAUUUUUACCAGGAAUCAGAGAAAUAGAGGACAUAGAAAAACUGUUGAAAGAUAAACAGAAUAACUGCAAUUUGGAUAAGAAUUCUCACAAUGUUAAAUGGGAUAUUAUACCUCUGCAUUCCUCGUUGCCAAAUGAUGAUCAAGCAAGAGUUUUUGACCCGGUGAGGCCACCCUUGAGAAAAAUUAUUCUCUCCACCAACAUUGCCGAAAGUUCAAUAACUGUCCCAGAUGUAACCUACGUUGUUGACUUCUGUCUGACGAAAACAAUGGUUGUUGAUGAAAUCACAAAAUUUUCAAGUUUACACUUGGAGUGGGCAUCACAUGUGAGCUGUGACCAACGAGCAGGUAGAGCUGGUCGAGUUAAAAGUGGGCGAGUAUACAGAUUAGUUCCCAAAGAAUUCUACGAUAAUCAUCUGCAAAAAAGAAGCGUUCCAGAAAUGAUGAGGUCACCCUUGGAAAUAGUGGUAUUACAUACAAAAAUGCUGGAAUUGAGCGAAGAACCAAAAGCGGUCUUAGCUCUAGCCCUAAGUCCACCGAAUUUGAGCAAUAUUGAGAAUACACUUUGGCACUUGAAAGAAACUGGAGCUAUGCUGAAAACUUGUAGAGGAAGAGCGAAUAUUUCAGAUGGGGAUAUCACUUUUUUAGGUAUCGUGAUGGCCUCUUUGCCUCUAGAUGUGUGCCUUUCAAAAUUGAUAGUUUUGGGUUAUAUGUUUAGUGUUUUACACGAUGCGAUCAUAAUGGCUGCUGGCUGCUCUAUACAGAACAUAUUUGCAACUCCUUUCAUUGAAAGACUUGAGGCCUAUGAUAAAAAACUACUUUGGGCUGAUGGUUCUUGCAGCGAUUUGAUGGCAAUGUUGAAUUUAUACAAGGUCUGGCAAGCCUACAAAAGGGAUGGAGCUUUCAGAAAAGCUAAUGAAGAAUAUUCUUGGUGCAAAAAAAAUUUUGUCAGUUUGAAAGGGCUUAGAGAGUGGCAUUUAUUGAUCAAUGAAAUCCAAGCGAGAUUGAAACGAUUGAGAAUUGAAGAAACUGCAGGUCCUUCCCGAGUUAAUCUAACUAUACACGAAAGAGUGACCGUGCUAAAAGUAGUUAUAUGUGGAGCGUUCUAUCCUAAUUAUUUUAUAAAGUCGUCGGGGCCUGAACAAAUUGAGGAGAGAGAAGCAGUUAGGGCAGUUGGCGGAAGGGAUCCGUAUAAAACUGUGUUUCUGACCGGAAUCGAACCAGGACAGCCUGGUGCUUUAUAUGCCAAAGAUAUAAAAAAUAAACUGGAUUUGAAGGAGAACGCCAAAAUCGAGUUCGAUGGCAGCAGCAAAAUAUACAUAGAAUUUAAGAACUACAAGGAACCUGAAACUGUAACCGUGGAUGGUCAACAGUAUGUGACAACCAUUCCAGGAAAAAUUGCCAUGCCUGUUUAUCGUGCUGUAAAGAGAAGAAAAUUGAAGCUGGAAAUAAAACUCAACGUUCUCCCUACUCAUUUGGCAAAUGAACAUUUGGCUAUUCUAGAAAAACAACAAAGGAAUCUCAAUUCCAAUAGCCAUGAGAAUGAUCCUGAGAAGGAAGAAGAGAAUAAAGAAAUAAAUUGUUUUACUGAGCAAGAAUUUGACCCGCUUCCUUCCAGAGAUACAGAGUAUAUAACUGUUUGUAUAUCAUACAGAAUUGAUGCCAGUCAUUUCUUCUGUCAAAAUAUUCAUGACAACAGUCAACAACUGUUGACUUGUAUCAAUAGAAUUUUGAAUACCACACCUUUGAAAUCAGUGACUGAAGAGAAAAUAAACCUUGAUGACUACUAUGCUGCACUUUUCACUGGAGAUAAUCAAUACUACAGAGUGAAAAUUCACAGCAGAACAUCGAAGACUCAGGUUCAUAUAAUAUAUAUUGAUUAUGGAAAUACUGCAAGUAUAAAUAUACAGAAAUUGUAUGAGCUGCCCAACGAUCCCAUCAUGAAAAUAGCUCCUAUAGCCUUCGAAUGUAUGCUCAUAGAAGUUCAACCUGCAUGGGACAUAAUUCGUAAAGGAAUUUGGAGCGACUAUGUCAACAAUCUGUUUGAUGAGAAAACGCAGAAUGUUGUUCUCCAUGGAAAGGUGUAUUCUGUUUGUGACGAUGUUGUGCAUCUGGAAUUAUUCCGGAGUUCGCCUAGAGGGGGAAGAGAACAAUCCAUUAAUCAAUGGUUGAUCAACAACAAUCAUGCUAGAAAAGUUGAAGAAAGCUUUCUCUCGAAGCAAGAUCAUGAACUCAGACUGAAAGUCCAGCAAUCAGACAAUCCACACAAAGAAGCACAGUCAUCUAAAAACAUGUCAAGAAAGAAGGAAGUCAUCGAAAUUGAACCUAAUAUGAGGGGCAUGGAAAAGUACAUGAAGGAAAUAACGCUGAAAGGACCUUUCAGUCCUCUUGAAAUGAAAAUCCACAGUGUUAUAUCUCGUGGUGACAGCAAACAGGUGGAUAUUGAACCUUCUUCUGUCAAUUCAGUUCUUCUGGACAGCGAUCCUGUGGAUUCCCACACAAGGUUAAUUGUAGCAUGCCAGGUUAAACAGUCAGCUUCCGGGAAUAAUCUCAACCUACGCCAAACCACUCUGAUGCCGAAUAUUCCUGGUUUUCCAUUCCUAAUGGCUAUGUUAUUCUGUCCGCAAAUGGAGCCGAAAUUGAAUCCCAGUACCGGCGGGGUCUCAUCGCUGCUUUGUGGCCUAGGUCUGCAUGAAAAUUCCACCAAGCCGUGCUUUGCUGCUCAUGACAUGCUGUUGAUUCUAGACACCGAAAUUAAUGAGGAAAUUGUGAAUUUGAUUAAUGAGAUCCGUUUCACCAUGAAUACUCUAAUUAAUCUGAUGAGAAACGUGUAUGAGUUGGAUGAUCGUUUCGAUCAAAUAGAGCAGUAUCAAAGAUCCAUAAAAACAAAAAUUUUUCAACUUCUAAAGAAAAAAUUGAGAAAGAUAGCACCGUUUUACAACACGAAUCUCAAUAUUUGGAAGAAUCAUCCAGCUGGCGUAGAAAUUCUCAAUCCACCGCUAACAGAGGAUUUGCUAUGGCCUCUUCAUUGGUUCAUUAAAGUGAAACAAGUAGAUGAAAAGGUCCUUGAAAUUUGUGCCAAUCUAGAAAAAAUGGACAUGAUGGCUAAGAAGGUAAUACCAUUUGAGGACAUCACAUGUCUAUUGUGUAGGGUUAGUUACAUCUGUCUAAUGAAACUGAGGAUGCACCUUAUUUCUCCUUCACACAAACUCGCACACGAAAAUUUGAAAAGUAAUCAUAAUAUAGGUUAAGUACAAUAAUUUAUCAAUCGAUAAAUGUGUUUUUUAUCUUUUGUUGAUAGUUAUCGCUUGUAUCAAGUUGAUAUAUUUCAGGAGUUUUCUGUUUAUUCAGAAUCGAUAUUAUGUUAAUUUUUCUCGAUAUUUUAAAAAUAUCAAUUUCUACAUUUUUUCUCAUUAGUUCAUUAAAAUAAUCUUGCUAUUAUAAUUGACACUGGCCAAGGAAAGUGUAUCUAGUAAUGUAUCAUCUACUUUCGAACUUCCAUGUAUUUGAUGUUUCUGUAUCAGAAGAUAAUUAUUUUUUAUAGUCUGCAUUCCAUUAAUAUUAUUUUAAUUUUCAAUUGUCUUACAAAAAAAAACAAGAAGGUCGAUAUAAUGAAACAUAUAUGUUGAAAUGAUUUGAUAUUUUAAUUAAUGAAGAUAUCACAAUUUUAAAUGUAGUAAUGGAUAUCAAACGUGACUAUAAUUUUACCAUGUUUUACUGUACCUUUCAGUUAACAAAAAUAUUAUUCUGUUAUUAUUUUAAAUCUGUUUCAGUUUUACAAAAAUAAAAUGUUUUUUAAUU